AGAUCUCGUUGCAUCGGCUCAGAUCUCUCUCAUGCUCCUCUUUUGAGAUUCGAAAACAGGCAACUUUUUAUUUUUGGAGAAGGCAAAGAGAUGCUGGUGAGAUGUGGAAAGGUGUUUGAGACAGGCGCAAACGACAGGUGCUGGCAGAAUCAACCAUGGCGUUCACCUUCGCGGCCUUCUGCUACAUGCUUACCUUGGUACUGUGCGCAGGUCUCAUCUUCUUCGUAAUCUGGCAGAUCAUUGCAUUUGAUGAGCUCCGCACAGACUUCAAAAACCCGAUUGAUCAGAGCAAUCCCACCAGAGCGAGAGAGAGGAUUCUGAACAUUGAAAGAAUCUGCAACCUGCUGCGUCGGCUGGUAGUACCCGAGUACUCAAUCCACGGCCUGUUCUGUCUGAUGUUCAUGUGUGCUGGAGAGUGGGUCACACUCGGCCUAAAUAUCCCUCUGCUCUUCUACCAUCUGUGGAGGUUUUUCCACCGGCCGGCGGACGGGUCAGAGGUCAUGUAUGACCCUGUCAGUGUGAUGAACGCAGACAUCCUGAACUACUGUCAGAAAGAGUCCUGGUGUAAGAUGGGCUUCUACCUGGUGUCCUUCUUCUACUAUCUCUACAGUAUGGUCUACGCUUUGGUGAGCUUCUAAUAAACCACCAAUCUGGAGAAACACGGUACAUUUUGUAAGACCGAAGAAUGAAUGGAGCCAAAAUGCUGUAUUUUUCAGUGUAUUAUUCCCAUCUAUUGGUCUGGAAUUCCCUGCGGACAAUGAAAAUGUGAUGUUGACGCCUCAGCUAUACCACUUUAUCCUAGACAUUGGCGUUGACAAGUCUCAACCCAGUUCAGAUGGCUUCAAAAAGACAUACAAGGACUAUUUGUGUUGCCUUUGAUCCAUAAUGUUAAUUUACAAUACUUUUGAAGGGCUGGAGAUUUGCCAUGCUGCUCUUAUCAACCCACUCGCUUAAUUCACUGUGAAUCUCCAACACAUAGGAGCUGACAACUACAAUAUACUCUGUAUUCUGUGACUUUGUACAUGUUUACCACUGACAGUUGCCUCUAUCAAUAAAAACAAUACUUAGGCUGUGUGUUAGGGUCUUUAAAUGUAUAAAGAAAUCUCAAAGUCUUUGGGCAAAUUCAGGAAAGAACACAAAAUAUGGCUCAGAAUAAUAUUAUAACCACAAAAAAUAACUAUAAUGUUACAAUCAUCCAGGAACUACACCUGUGAAAGAAACAGCAAGAGACCAUUUUGUUCUGAAAGCAGGAAAACAUGGGAUAAUAUAAAGAUAUUACAACGCCCAUUGUAGGGCUGCACUAAAUAAUCAGAAUAUUAUUGAUGAAUACAUGGAUGAAUUAAUAAAGCAGGAUCUGCUAACUGUACUUGAUCAGUCCUUCUGUUAAACUGCACUGAGACCUUUGACUGAGACACAAAGGCCACUGAGAAGUGCAGUGUAAAUGUUGUUGCAACAAAGCUUGAAUUUCCCUUGGGAUCAAUAAAGUAUCUCUCUCUAAUAAUAACAAUAAACAAUCGUAAUCAUAUUGUGAUAAUCAUAAUCGUUAUCUGGACUACACAGACUCUAGGACACAUGGCAAAAGACGUUUGAUGACAAAAAUAUAACAUUACACUUAAGUAACUAAUAACUAUUCUCAUUUUUGUCAAUAUUACACUUUAUUCGCAAAUAUUCUUAUAUUCUAUUAUGUCAUCUAGAAGUUUUCAGUCACCAUAUUUGAACCUUUAAUAAAAAAUAUUUAAUUAGUUGACCAAUCAUUCAACUAAUCAAAAAAAUAUUCUAACUACUAUAAUAACCAUUAGUUUGCAGGCCUACACAGAAGACUGCAUGCGGGUUAUAAUGUUAUGUCUGAUCUUAAAGUGGCCAUUAUAUCUCCCUUAUUUUAUGCUAUGAGAGAUCACUCAAAUGGAAACUUAAUUGUAGACUUCACCCUACACGAGUAGACUUGUCCAAAGAUCUUGGAACAUUUUUUCUUCUUUGUGCCAAAUCAAAGCUUAUUUAAGACUUAAUAUAAUUAUGCUACUUUGAAUUUGGUGGAAUGUUUUUUUUUUUUUCUUUCAGAGCUACUAAUUGCUGUUUUAUCUCUAGUGUACAGGGAUCGCCUUAUUCUUCUCUCCAGUGAAGUUAUCUCAUUUGCAUUUAUGCUAUAGUCAUUUUAGCAUAGUAUUUCUUCUUGGUAGAGUUUGAGGUUCAAUAUACAGUUAUUAUGUACAAUAAGCAAUUGAAACUAGCAAUGUUAAUCCUCAUGAGACAUAUCGAUGCAGUGUUUUUAAGUCUGUGGUAUCUGUGUUACUGUUAUGGUUGUUAAAGGUGCACUAUGCAGUUUUUCUGGUGAAGGUCAGUCACCUGCUUGUCUCCGUGGAGAUAUUAUUGCUUUGCCUGGAUUGUUCCACAGUAUGGCAUUAAACACAUUUUUAUACUGUAUUGUGUCAUAUUAUCAGUGACACAUGAUUUCUAAAUAUUUACAGCAUAUUUAUGUUUUUUACUGAAAAACAUACAUUUAUUUUGUGAGUGUGGUCAUGCUCUCACUCAGGCCAUGUAACUUGGCCUAGUGGUGACAUCUGCUUGUCUCUAUGGAGAUAAAUAAGUUUAAUGCUUUACUGUGGAACAUUUCAAGCAUAAAUAACAUCUUCAUGGAGACAAGAAGGUGGCAGACCCUCCACCAGGAAAGUCACACAGUACACCUUUAUCUCUUAUUUCAACAAACAUGACCGCAAUAGUGUCCUGAACCUUUCAAAGCCAUUCUCAGCAUUUGUAUGAAAUCAUAUAUGUUUUUUACCAUUGGAAGUUAAAGUAAUAUAAGUGGACAGAGGAUUGAAAUGCAGUGUCAGUAAUAAUCAACAUAUAGUUAUAACAAAAGGCCAGGAUUACAAUUUUGGUCCUAAGCAGCAGCAUUUAAACGGAACUAAAUAAGAGUUAUUUUUAAUUUGCAUUGAUCUUUCUUUUUUUAAAUGCUUAGAAGUAUAGUGUAGCAAUAUGAUGCCCAUAGAAGUACUCAUCAGAAUAGUCUGCAAGUUCAGUUUUGGAUAGCACUGAUGUUGGCCUUGUUAUUUCUGGGACCAUUUGGCCCACUUUUGUACAUCGAGAUAUGUUGUAAAAACAGUACUGCCUUUCCAAUAACUUUUUGAAACUGCAAAAAGUGUAAUAGUCUGAUGUAUUUUUAGAUAGAUCUGUCACUGCCAACUCAAUAUCCUGAAGUUAUUGUUAAAAAUAUGUUAAAAUAUAUAUUAAUAACCACAUAUCAAAUACUGUGUUAUGAUACUACUUUUAAGACAUUAUCAUCAAGCUGCCUUUAUAUAACUGCUUAAAGUCUCACAUCAUUUUUGACAGAAACAUCUGGCACUCCACAGAAAAUUAACUGUACCCAAUUAGGAAAGCUGUGAGAAAGCUUUGAAACAACCCUCCCUUCGUUAAUAUGCCUUUAUGUCAGUUAAUGCUAAUGAACUCUUAGCUAACUGUCAUUCUCGCUUAACAAAGCCAACUUCAACUGAGUAACAAUUCUUUUAUGUAUAUUUUGUGCCAAUAUUGCUAAGCUCAAAGGACACUGAGACCUCAAAACUAACUGAGUGUGGACAAUCACAAUUAAAGCACAUGAGGGGAACUUAUUUGAAUGUCAUAACAUAAGAGUUUUAGACGAUUGUAUUUAUUGUCUUUUAUACAUUUACCAUUACUGUACAAGUCAAUCAAUAUGUGUUCAUUUAUAUUUAACAGCCUACAGGUGUACAGUUAAUAAAGUAUUC